AUGAUGAACGAACCAUCGUCGGUGGUGGGGGAUGAACAGCCGGCCGCCCCCAAUCAGCAGCAGGGCAUGUUCGCCAAGUUCGCGCGCAAGAACCUGGCCAAGACCAAGUCGGCACCCGACCUCGUGGGCAAGAAGAACGCGAUACAGGCGCCGUCACAGCAGAAGAAGGACGAGAGAGACGACAAGAAGGUGAAGCAGAUGACGGCCAACUCGAUCGCGCAACUCGAGGCCGAACUGCGACGCGAGAACGAAAAGCUGGAGCGGCUGGUUGAACGUAAGAAGAAGCGACGCAGCCUCAAGGAGAAGGAGGUAAGAGGCGACCUUCUGCCACCUCUACAAGAUGACGACGCAGCCACGAAGAAGAAGAAGGAGGAUGGAGGUAAUGGAAGCCUCGAGAGGAUGGAAGAAGAGGACAAGAAGAAGAGGAGGAGCAAGAAGCGUGCAUCGGGCGAGAGUAGCGGCAAGUCAUCUUCGGGAGCUGCCCACUACAUCUCCAAUCUCAUCAGCUCAUCGAAGGAAAGAAAGAAGGAGAAGAGGGAGAAGAAGAAGGAGAGGAAGGACGAGAAGAAGGCAGAGAAGCAGAGGAAAAAGAGGGAGAAGCGCUCAUCGUCAUCUUCGCUCGGUACCCCUGCCGCAAACAACAACAGCACCAACGUUCCCAAGCCCUCGUCCUACUCGCUCAACUCGAUCCAAGCUACCAAGAUCCUUCGAGACGCCAACAUCGACCCCGCCACCACCGCUCGAGGCACCUCCUUCUCCACUUCGACAUCUACAUCGCUCGGCGGCGGCGGUGGCGCUCCGCCGCUGGCCUUUGGCUCGGGCUCCUCCAACAGCGUGCGCUUCCGGGACCCGAGCUCGCCGCUGGGCUCGGCCAAGUCGACCUCGGCAGCGGCGAUGCCGCUGUCCGCCCGGGCGCCACCUACGAACAAGACUGAGAGCGGCGCGGCGGGCGCGGCCACGAGCCGGGGGCACAGGGCGACGAUGGCGCCGGGCGUGCCGCUGGUGCUCGGCGGCGCCGGCGCGGCGGAUCAAUUGAAUCAGGUCGAUGGGGACUACAUGAAGAAGAUGGCGCGGCAUGAGCUGCAGGCCUACCAGCAGAGUCAAGGCGACGAGACCGUGCUGCGGCGAGCCAUCCGCAACAAGUACCUGCUGCACGUCUCAGUGGAGGCUGGGCACGACGACGUCGUGCGAUUCCUGGUGAACAACAAGAAGCUCAAACUCAACACGCCUGACGCCAUGGGCUGGACUCCUCUGCACUGCGCUUGCGCUGCCGGACAUGUGAAUAUCAUCCUCUUUCUCCUCUCCAAGAAACGAACGAAUGUACAGAAGGUCACGAGCGAUGGCUGCACAGCUCUCCAUUAUCUCAUUCGCCAUUUCCCCGACCCGUUCGCUCCCGACUACAACGAACUCCUGGAAAAAUAUUCGGACGUCGCCAACCGUUUGGUAUCCAUCGGAUGCGAUGUCAACGCCACGAACCGGAAUGGAGAAACGGUUCUCCACUAUGCGGCCUUCCGGGGAAAGUCGACCGCGGUCCGUUAUCUGCUCGCGCAUCGGGAUUGGGACCUCGAUAUCAACGCUACCACCAACGGGAGUCUCGAUACCGUAAAUGCGCUCCUCGAGAGCCGGGCGGCCACCAACAUCGUGGGCAUCAACGGCACGCCGUUGGACAUCGCCAAGCGCCAAAACGACAAGCGGCUUGUCAUGGCUCUGCUCAAGCACAAACAAAAGAAGGAACCUUCCAACUAUCGUAUGAACCGGGACGACGCUCAGUAUCUGGGCUAUGCCUACUCAUCCGCCGGUGAGGACGGCGACAUGGACGAGACGACGGAGGCCGAAUUCAUAUCCGACGUCGAACCGGAGGACUCCUCGCGGCAUCGCCAUCGGCGCAACGUGCUGGCGAGAACGCCAACCCGCGAUCACACGGAGCGAGAGGAAGAGGAGGAGCUUUUCUUCGGCUCGAACAAGGCCGUCGUGGUGGGCCACCGCCAACAGCAGCACCACCAGCAUCAGAACGGCUCGCCCAUGCGACCCGUGGCUGCCUUCUCUUCGCCGUGGCGCCGUUCGCUGGUCCUUCUCGAGAGCGAGAAGGUCGCGGAGCGCACCUCCCGCGGUCAACCGACUUCGACGCAGUCGCCGUCGACGCGUGAGGGCAAUGCGACCCGGGCCAAUCGGAGCUAUAGAGCGAGCAUGCACGUGUCUAGUCCGAUAAGGUCCCUCACCAGCGAGUGGGACCUCGAUCCGUCGCCCAACGCCAUCACCAGCGUGAGCACCGAGGACCGACGGCUCGCCAAGCGCAAGCUGUCCCGGGAGGAGCGCAAGCAGCGGCGGAAGAGCGGCGGCGCGUCCCGUCGACAGCGGAGCGUCUCGCUCAACAAGCAGCAGCAGGAGAAGAAGCGCAACGACCUCCGCGCGCAACGAAGCUUCAGCCCGCGCAAGGACUCGAGCGACGAUCUGUCGUCACCCGCCGAGGUCGAGGGCAAGGGCAAGGAGAAGGUCGAUGACUACGACCACGACCACGACCACAACAACGAUGUCGACGUCGACAAGGCCCGCGCCGCGGCGGCCGCCAUAUUAAAGCGGCGCGGAAACAGGGCAGCCGGGGAGCAACAAUUCGACAUGAAGCCGCGGUGGGAGGAGGAGCAGGAGCAGGAGGAGGCCCAGGAAGACAACGACCACGACGACAAGAGCAGCAGCAGCGGCACCGAGGAGAAGCAGCGGCAGGCCCGCGAGCGGAUGCGAUCGCGCGAGCGGGAGAUUCGGAAGGAGGACGACGAGGGACAACACAACGGCAGCGGCGAGCGGGUCAUCCACGUGCUCGACCACACGACUGCCAGUGAAGACGACAGGAAGACCACCACCGCUGAUGACGACGAUGAUGACGAUGACGACAGCGAUGGAAGCGAUGCCGACAACGCCAAGAAUAACAAGAAGCGAAGCGAGGCGAACAUGCGGCGGGUGAUCAGCUUCGACGAUGAGCUGGCGCGGAAGAAGAAGAACCUGCUCAACAAGUCCGCACAGUCGGUGACACUGGAUUAUGCGGGCGGCGAGGCCGGCAAGCCGUCGACCAAAGCGAAAAGAGCCAAGAAGAAACGCGGCGGCGGAAAGAGCGAAGGCGAAGGCGGGAGCAGAACGAAGCGAGCGAAGAAAGAAAAGAAGAAGGGAAGCUCCACCAGGACGAGGAGCAAAAAGAAGGAGAAUGACGACGGCGAGGCCGACAAAGAGAAGACGAGCAGCGCCACGCGGAAGACCAACAAGCAGAAAAAGACCGGUGCGAAGAAGGGCGCGGACGACGAGAAGAAGAUCAAGGCCUGGCUCAACGAGCUCAACCUGCCCGCCGAGUAUCUCCGUCUCUUCCAACAGGACGGCUUCGACGACAUGAACACCAUUCAGCUUAUCACCGAGGAGGAGCUGGCGGAUAUUGGAAUCAGCAAGACGGGCCACCGGAAGCGAAUCAUGCGUUGGGUCAAGCAGAACCCGGCGUCGCCCGUCUAUUCGCCGCGGUCCGCGCGCUCAUCGAUCGCCGGCGACGGCCUCGGCAGCUCGGAGUUCUACCUGACCGAUCCCGCCGAGGCCGCGCGGAUGAUGGCCGCCGCCGCAGCCGCCGCCGGCAGCGGCUCGGCGUCGUCGAUACCAGCUACCGGAGGGACCAUGGGCAGCCGCCUGUCGUCGUUCACCUUCUCGCCCUACUCCCCCUUCGCCUUCAUCAAGGCCCGAAGCGCCGGCGCCGGCGGCACCGGGCUCGCCGAUCUGAACUCGCCGCACUCGAUCAGCAUCGACUCGCCCAAGGAAGAGCGCCGCAAGCAGCAGCAGCAGAUCCAGCUGCAGCUCAAGCAGCAGUUCAACUCGCCGCACUCGAUCAGCAUCGAAUCGCCCCAGGAGGAGCGUGCGCGCAAGCUCAAGCUUCGGUCGCUUCAGCGCAAUUCGCUCGCCGCGCCGCUCGCCGCGACCGGCCGCGGCUCGGCCUUCUCAACAUCGUCGCCCCUGCUGUCGGCUCGCGGAAGCAAGGCCGCCGACGGCGACAGCGCCGGCCCGAGCCUCCCGCCCGUGCGCCGCAAGAAUCGGUGGGUGAGCGGCGAGGAGACCACCACGCGACCGCUGUCGCCUCUGCUCCGCACCCAGCUCGACCUCGAAGAGACCCAGCGAAGAGAGGAGGAGGAGGAGAGGGAACGACGGCUGUACACGACCUCGCCGAUGGCGUCCCCGCGCAAGGUCACGAUUGCGGCAACGCCGGCGAUGAUGGCGACCUCAGCACGCCGGCCUGAGCCGCACCAAAUCUACGUCAAGAACAACAUCGCGCCGACCUCCGGGUCACCGCUCUCCCCGCGCAAGCACCAGAUCACCGCCAUCCCGAUCCCCACCACUGCCGCGUCCUCCGGCGGCUCCUCUUCGAACCACUUCCUCGCUCGGACCUUCUCCACCUCUCCUUCAUCCUCUUCAUCGUCUUCCUCUUCAUCAUCACCAUCGCCUUCAUCGUCGCCCACCAGCUUCUGUACGCCGUCGUCGCCGCGCCUGCCGGCCUUCACCCGCAAGCCACUGCCCCGGCCGCCCGCGUCGACAAGCACCCGGAGUUAA